AUGGGCACCCCUGUGGCCCGGGGGGCCAGGCCUCUCUCCGCCUCCAGGAAGCGCGCGCCCCCGGUCUUCGCCCUGCUGCUGCUGGUGUGCAUCAAGCAAGUUACAGGAUCCCUCCUUGAGGAGACAACUCGCAAGUGGGCUCAAUACAAAGAGAAGUGUUUGAGAGAUUUGCUCAAGGAACCUCCUGGGACCUUUUGUAACGGGACUUUUGAUCGAUACGUGUGCUGGCCUCAUUCUUCUCCAGGAAAUGUUUCUGUUCCCUGCCCUUCCUACUUACCUUGGUGGCGUGAAGAAAACUCAGGAAGGGCCUACAGACGCUGCCUGGCCCAGGGCACCUGGGAGACGCUGGAGAAUUCCACAGACAUUUGGCAGGAUGAUUCUGAAUGCUCCCAGCAGCACAGUUCCGAACAGAACGUGGAACACCAUUCCUUGCUGUCGACCCUGCAGCUGCUGUACACCGUGGGGUACUCCCUCUCUGUCAUCUCCCUCCUCUUGGCGCUCACCCUCCUCUUGUUUCUUCGAAAACUCCACUGCACACGCAACUACAUCCACAUGAACUUGUUUGCGUCCUUCAUCCUGAGAGCCCUGGCCGUGCUGGUGAAGGACGCCAUCUUCUACAACUCCUACUCCAGGAGGCCCACCAGUGACAAAAAGUGGAUGUCCUUCGUGUCGGAGAUAUCUGUCUCCUGCCGCUCUGCCCAGUUCCUGCUGCAUUACUUCGUGGGUGCCAAUUACUCAUGGCUGCUGGUCGAAGGUCUUUACCUCCAUGCGCUGCUGGAGCCCACAGUGCUCUCUGAGAAGCGGCUGUGGCCCAGAUACAUGCUGGUGGGUUGGGCCUUCCCACUGCUGUUUGUGGCACCCUGGAGUGUUGCUCGCGCACAGCUGGAGAACACAGGGUGCUGGGGAACCAACAGGAACAAGAAAAUCUGGUGGAUAAUCCGGGGACCUAUGCUGCUUUGUGUCAUGGUCAAUUUCUUCAUCUUCCUGAAAAUUGUCAAGCUUCUCAUUUCUAAGCUCAAAGCCCAUCAAAUGUGCUUCAAAGAUUAUAAAUGCAGAUUGGCAAAGUCGACGCUGGUCCUCAUUCCUUUGUUGGGCGUUCACGAGAUUCUCUUCUCUUUCAUCACUGACGAUCAGGUUGAAGGAUUUUCAAAACUUAUACGACUCUUCAUUCAGUUGACUCUGAGCUCCUUCCAUGGAUUCCUCGUGGCCUUGCAGUAUUGUUUUGCCAAUGGAGAGGUGAAGGCCGAGCUCCGAAAGCAGUGGGUCCGCUUCCUACUCGCCCGCAGCUCUGGCUGCAGAGCCUGCGUCCUGGAGAAGAACUUCCGAUUCCUGGGGAAAUGUCCCAAGACGCUGGCCAGGGCAGACGGCAAGCGGACGCUGCAGAAGUUGCAGCCGGGUGGCGGGCAGCUGCUGCCUCUGGCCGCUCAGGGCCUGGGGGGGCGGGGCGCCCGGCCGCCGCGGGGACACGGGGCCUGGCCCAGGGGCGGCAGCCUGUCUGAGAGCAGCGACGGAGACUUCACCCUGACCCACACCAUGGAGGAGAUUCUGGAAGAGAGCGAGAUCUAG